UGUACAGUCUUCAUAAUGUGGUUACUGAUUUUGGCUGGGCUGCUGGUUUUAACCUGCGGGACAUACAGGCUCCUCUUUGGCAAGCGCAGUCCUUUCUCCCUGAAAUCGGUGAGGCCACCAGGGCCACGUGUGACCAACCAGGAGCUGAGGGACAAAGUGCUCAAACAAGGGUUCAGUGCCGACAAAGUGCCAAAGGACCUCGAUGCCAUUGUCAUCGGCAGUGGCAUUGGUGGACUGACAGCUGCAGCGACUUUGGCGAAGUUGGGAAAGCGAGUCCUGGUCCUGGAGCAGCAAGACCAGGCUGGGGGAUUGUGCCACACCUACCCUGAGAAAGGAUUUGAGUUUGACGUUGGACUCUACAACAUUGGUCAGCUCCAUGAGAACAGUCUCCUCCGUGUGGCAUUGGAUCAGAUCACAGAGGGGCAAAUUGAGCUUGUGGAGCUGGAGCACCACAUAGACACCAUUAUUAUUGGUGAAGAUGAUGACCGGCGGGAUUAUCACAUCUACACUGGCAAAACCGAGAUGGCAGAGCACCUAAAAAAGCAGUUCCCCAACGACACAGAAGCCAUUGACGUCUUCUUUGAAGUCAUGAAGAUCACAGCAAAGAAGACCUGGCACUUGGUUACUCUGAAACUGAUCCCUCUCUGGCUGGCUCUGUUCCUGCUUAAGCACCACAUUGCCCAGCGCUUCUCCUCAAUCUUCAAGUUGUCUUGCUCCAGUGUUACAGAAGUGGUCAGUACUUUGACCAGCAACAAGGACCUUCAUGUCAUUUUCUCCUACAUCUUCUAUGGUGUGCCCCCUAGAGACUCCAGCACCUUCGUUAAUGCCUUGCUGUUGCAUCAUUACAAACGUGGGGCUUAUUACCUCCGAGGAGGGGCUAGUGAAAUCCCAUUCCACAUCAUCCCCGUCAUCCAGAAACCAGGGGGCAACGUGCUGGUCAGGGCACCCGUCACUCAAAUUCUGGUGAACAAAAAGGGGGCAGCAUACGGUGUUACAGUGAAGAAAGGCCAGGAGGAGGUGGAGGUGCUGGCCCCAGUGGUCAUCUCCAACACUGGAUUAUUUACAACCUUUCAGAAGCUCCUGCCACCUGAGGUCCAGGCCAAACCAGAAAUUCAAGAUCGCCUUGGUAUGUUGAAGCAUGGCAGAGGAUCCUUCUUCGUCCUCGUGGGCUUUGAUGCAACUGAGGAAGAGUUGGAAAUUGUGCCAAUCAAUUACUGGCUCUUCAAAAACAAUGACAUGGACAGCAUGAUGGACAACUUUUUCAGUCUGAGCAAAGAAGAGGUUGCUGAGAACAUACCCAUGAUGUCAAUCAUGUUCCCCUCCACCAAAGAGCCCACAGCCAAAGUCCGUUUCCCAGGGAAGUCAUCCAUGAUUCUGCAGACUAUGGUGAACUACGAGUGGUUCGAUGAGUGGAAGGACAGCAGCGUGGAGGAGAGGGGGGGCGAGUAUUACAAUUACAAGAUGAGCAUCGCUAACAAGCUCUUUGACUGGGCCUGCAUGCACUUCCCCAAGAUCAGGGACAAGGUGGCAUUCAUGGAUGCAGUUGUACCUCUCCAACAUGAUGGAGGGGACAUGUAUUCGGAGCAUAAUCUAACUAAAUUCAAGCCAGAAGCAAUAGCCAGGAACAGGUGCUCCACACCAGUCAAGAACCUCUUUAUCACAGGCCAGGAUGUGUUCGUGUUUGGAAUACCUGGGGCCCUGCAGGGGGGUCUCCUAUGCGCUUCCACAGUCCUCAACAACAUUGUCCACAUUGACCUUCAAAACCUCAAGAAAAACCUUAAGCGUCAGAAAGCUAAGGAGUUAGCAAAAUUUGCUAAAAAGCUGCAAUAA